AUGAUGGUUCAAGAUUGCAUCGCGAGGAGUCGUGAGUGGCUAUACAAACUGCCUUGCAUUCAGCGUCACCACUGAGCGAGCGCCCGUGCGGUGCGGCCAGGGGCAAGGUCGCGCGUGAGGUCUGGCUCACGUGACAUCCUACUUGGCUCGACUUGUUGCCUAUUAAUUGAGAGAAGAAAGUUAGCUUGCGUGACUUGAACAGCCUGGAUCACUGAGCGCCGCAAAAGUCAAUCAGUGGAUCAAGAAUCACUGAAUGCAAAUGAUUUCGUUUCCGCAACAUCAUCAUCGUAGAAUGUUCGGAUCUGCACAAACAUUCCUCGGGAUCUGAGGGCCUUCCAUGGCCAUGUGGAGCACGAUGUUAUCAGCCAGGGAAGGGGCGUUCCGAUGCUGCUGCCCUCACAGCAUUCGCCCAACCGAACAAUCAAGGGUGGCGCUAAGACGAAUAGCAAGGCUGCACACGACUCCGUUUGCGCAAACAGAAGCUCCUGCCCCUCCUCCUGCUCAUCAUCGGACGCCAGCGGGGCAAGCUUUCGGCGGUGGAUCAUCGAACGAGAAGCUUUACAGCGGUACGUUGCAGCUGCCCAAGACGGCCUUUCCUAUGGCCGCGUCGCCCGAGAAGAGAGAAAAGCUUUUUCGUAGAAGGACGACAUAUGAGCUAUAUGCUUGGCAAGUGCGUAGUAUAGGAAUGUAUAGUGCUGGCUCCCUGUAGCCCCGUGCUCAUCCCUGGCUUCCUUUUCUGCCAGCGCGAGAACAAUACAGGGCCUUCUUUCGUGUUGCAUGACGGGCCUCCGUAUGCCAACGGACCCUUGCAUAUAGGUGGGGAAAGAUGAUUCGGCAGUGCAUCGAAGGUUUUCUGACUUGAGAGACGAUUCCGAAAAUGCCCAGGUCACGCGUUGAAUAAGAUCCUCAAGGAUGUCAUCAUCAGAUACCACAUGCUGCAAGGCCGCCGCGUGCAGUGAGCCAUGAUGGCGACACUCUACUGGACAGCGAAGAGCGGCUGACCAUUUCUCCUCGUCUUUCUGCAGCUUUGCUCCAGGUUGGGACUGUCAUGGUCUGCCUAUUGAGCUCAAAGCUCUGGGAACGCUGAGCAGCGAAGGCGCUCCUCCGACUCAAGAUCCGUUGGCUCUCCGAGCAGAGGCGCGACGCAUCGCGGAAACAGAGAUAGAUGGUCAGCGAUUAGGGUUCCGGUCAUUUGCACUGAUGGCCAAUUGGGCGGAGCAGAGCACCUAUAGGACGUUCGGUGAGUAGGAGGCGGCGCCUUUGGGUUUCAGAUUCUUGUAUUGACUGUCUCGAAGCACAAUCCGCGGAACAGAUCUCACGUACGAACUCAAGCAGCUGCAGAUAUUCAGGGAGAUGGUGCACAAAGGUGGGCUGCCUUUCCUGCACACUCUGGCCCCUGGGGUGUCUCACUGACCAUCCGAUGGCGCAUACUAGGACUCAUCUACCGUGCAUACAAGCCCGUCUACUGGUCGCACGCCUCCCGAUCGGCACUUGCGGAAGCCGAGCUGGAAUACCAUGAAGACUUCAUGUCGCACACCGUCUUUGUCCGCUACCCCAUGCAAAUUGGGCCCCAAUUGCGGCAGGCGAUGAUGAAUGAGCCCGGAUCUGCAGCUCUGGCCAAUGCUCGCAAGCCAAUCAGCGCCUUGAUCUGGACGACCACUCCCUGGACGCUUCCCUCCAAUAAAGUAGGUCGCACGGUUCUCAUCUUUGCCGCCAAAUUUUAUCUUACCUGCAUCCUUAUCCCAGGCAGUCGCAGUCAAUCCAGAGCUCGAUUACAGCUUGGUGCGAGUGCAAGAAGGCCCGAUGCAGGGCGAGACAUUCUUCAUUGGGACAGAUAGGAUUGGCUUCUUGUCAAAUUUGAAGCUUCCAGGCUCCGACGCAGGCGGGAACAGGUACCGCGUUGGGCCUAUGGAAGAGCUUGUCGUCGUGAAAGGUGAGUCAUCAUGUAAAAUGCUAAUUGCAUUGCCACACGCUCUCGAAAACUGACGUCGGUGCUACCACUCCAACAUACCCACAGGCGCUCAGCUUUUGGAUUCUACAUAUCGUCAUUGCUUUUUGCCGGACGAUGCUGAGCCCCGUCCGAUCCUGCCAGCAAGCUAUGUGACGGCGUCCAGUGGAACGGGGCUUGUACACACUGCCCCAGCCCAUGGCGCAGAAGAUUACGAGCUGUGGCGAGAGCACGGAGCGCUUAGACGUGAACAGCUCUUCUCGCCCAUCGAUGAUGAAGGUCGCUACACAGAACAGCUCAGGGAGCUGUCCGGUGGUGCAGAAAACCUCAUCGGCUACAUGGCAGGACACCGUGGUGACGCGCUCGUGAUCAAAUUGCUCGAAGCGAACGACGCUUUGUUCAUGAGUUGGCAUCUCAAGCACUCUGUCCCAAUUGACUGGCGUUUGAAGCAGCCUGUAAUGGUCCGGUGCGUUGCGUCGGGUCGCUCCGCGUUCGAGCGAUGCAUAGCUGAUUACACCGUCUCCGGACAUUCAGCGCGACAUCACAAUGGUUUGCGGAUGUAGGCAAAAUCAAGAACCGUGCACUGCAAGCGCUUGAGAAGGUCAACUUCUUCCCGGCCAGUGGAAAAGCCCGCUUACAGUCGUUGGUGUCUGGCAGGGCGGAAUGGUGCAUUUCUCGACAAAGGGCCUGGGGUGUGCCCAUCCCAGUCUUGUACGACGCAGACACAGAAGAAGCCCUGAUAACGCCCGAGAACGUCGAUCACAUUAUCGCCGUGCUUGCUGAAAAGGGCACGGACUAUUGGUGGGAGGGUGCUGCGGACGAAUUUGUCGCGCCUCAAUACCGCGACGAUUUCAAAGCUUGGCGAAAGGGAACGGAUACGAUCGACGUUUGGUUUGACAGCGGCAGCAGCUGGGCAAACCUGGCUGAGCAGGUCGGCGCCGAGAGAGAAGGCCAGCCACUCGCAGACGUGUAUUUCGAGGGGACUGAUCAGCACAGGGGAUGGUUUCAAUCCUCGCUCUUGACCAGAAUCGCAAUGCAAGACACGAGCUCGCAAGCCGCUGAGUCAGUUCUCGCGCCGUACGCGAAUGUGGUCACGCACGGCUUUGUGACAGAUAGGAGAGGGUGGAAAAUGAGCAAGAGCCUUAAGAACGUGCUUGGACCCGAGUUCUUCAUCGAUGGUGGUCAUAAAAGAAACGAUCCAGCAUAUGGCGCCGAUCCUCUUCGAUUCUGGGCCGCUUCCGCAGACUAUACAAGAUCUGUGCCCAUCGGCACUUUGAUCAUCAAACACGCCGAUCAAGCUCUCCGAAAGAUUCGCAACACGGCUAGGUUCAUGUUGGCCAACAUCUCGACGGCGGAGAUCCCUAGCCUUGAGGACGUGGAGUUGAGUUUGGUUAGUUGUUGCGCUCCGAGGCCGAACGCGCAGGAGUAGCUUACCGCUUGAUGCCGACCAUGGCCGUAGUUGAAUCGAUACAUGCUGCACGAGAUGUAUGUGCUUGACCGCGACGUCAGAACAGCCUACGAGACUUUUGACUUUGCCUCUGGUGAGUGCCGACCGAUGUGAGGUUUAAGCACCCGCUUUACUCACCCACUGACUCUCACUUGCACCUAAAUAGUCGUGCGAAAGAUCACGCAUACGGCCAACAAUUUGUUGAGUGCAUUUUAUCUCGACAUUGCCAAGGAUAUCCUCUACGCAGAUCGUGCGAAUAGCGAGCAGCGCAAGGCCGUCUUGGCAGUGACAGACCAGGUGAGACAACCAAAGCGAGCGUGGUGAAUUCAGAGCUUGCGCUGAGCUGUUGCAUCGACGCUGUGCAGAUCCUGCGGCUCUACACCUCCGUGCUGGCUCCAAUUACCCCUCAUCUUGCAGAAGAGAUUCAUCACUUCAGAGCCGAUCAGCCCGUCGAUCCGCAGCCCAAAGAGGCGGGAGCAGUCUCCUUCUUUCACAGCCGCUGGCAAGGGGUGGUGAGUGCUCCCGUCGGCUCUCUCGCCUCCGCUUCCUGUAUGCUGACUCGAGAACGUUUGACUACUUGCAGGAUGAACGGUGGCGCGACGAGGACGCAGCUGCACAAAUGCAUCCGAUGCUGGAGCUCAAGAACGGAAUUUUCGCUGCUCUUGAGAUCGGUCGUAAAGAUGGGUAAGUGCCGCGCUGACUCAUCAUGCAAGCUCGGCCUCACCUGGACUGCCUACAUCCCUUCCAGCCUUCUCAAGGCGGCCCUCGAGACUGACGUUGUCAUCGACCUAGACGCCUCCACAAAUGAGGCGUUGAAAGGUAUUCUCGAGCGCAACGGUAUGUGAUGGCCGCAGACAAGAUGCCCUUGGCAACUUCUGAUACUUUGUCUCCUUGCCAACGAUGUCGCACAGGCGAGGAGUUGUCGACCAUCUUCUUGGUUUCGCACGUACACCUAUCGAAGGAUAAGGUGGCACGGACAGCGAGUGCAGCAGGAGCUUACUCAAUUCCCGCUGUGCAUAGCGGCAUAGCAUUUGAAAUUCGCCCCUCGAUAGGCCACAAAUGCGCGAGAUGUAGGACGUACAGAAAGGCAGUGGUGGAAGAUAGGCUGUGCGGUCGUUGUGAGGACGCCGUUCAAAUCUACGAAGCUGCCAAUGGUCCAAUUACAACCACCUCACCUUAA